AUGGCUACCAUCCGAUCGUUUGGAUCGUUAUUGAUUCUUUUAUGCGUUCUGACACUUGCCGCCGCGACCAGUAUUCCCCUCGUGGAUUACGAUGUCAUCAUCGUCGGCGGGGGUCCCGCUGGCCUCAGCGCGCUGAGCAGCCUAUCCCGUGUCCGGAGAACGGCAUUGAUGAUUGACUCUGGGAAAUACCGCAACCUGUUGACGAGACGGGUACACGAUGUCAUAGGAAAUGAUGGGGUUGUUCCGUCGUUCUUUCGUCACAAAGCGCGCGAACUCAUUAAGAGAUAUCCAACGCCAGAAAUGAAAAAUGGGACCGUUUUGGAGAUUAUUUCCGUGCAAAAUUCCAGUGACGAACUGCCACAUUUUAAGGUAGAGAUCGAUCUGGGCAGUGAAGGGAAGCCUUCCCUGGUCACUAAAACGGCACGAAAAAUAAUCCUUGCCACAGGCAUAGAGGACAUUCUCCCAGAUACCCCUGGUAUAAGCGAAGCUUGGAGCCGGGGGAUUUAUUGGUGCCCCUGGUGUGACGGGUUUGAGCACCGCGACCAGCCCCUGGGUAUGCUAGGCGAUGUGGCAAACAUCUUCGAUAAUGUAAUGCAUAUCGCAACGAUAAACCAUGAUGUGAUUGCUUUCACGAACGGCACCCAGUUUCCAGCAAAUGAGGCCGAUGAGCUCGAAAGAUUUUAUGGCAUCAAACACAACUACUCCCCGAUCAAAAACAUCACCCGUGCCCAAGACGGUGCGGAUCAUUUCGAUGCUGGGAUCCAUUUCGAAGGUGACGCUCUACCUGUGAAUCGGUCUGCAUUCUUCACGGCCUUCGCCUCCAAGCAACGCUCUGAUCUACCAUACAAACUGGGGUUGAAAAUGGUGAAUGGGAAGAUUGACAAUAAUUUCAAGGGAAUGGCCACCAGCAUGUUGGGAGUAUAUGCGGUCGGGGACUGUAAUAACGACGACAGCACCAAUGUUGUACACGCAAUGUUUAGCGGGAAGCGAGCCGCAAUUGAAAUACAUCUUCUCUUGGAACGUGAAAAUGCGACAGCUAUGGGCAUGAGUUUGGGCCAGCGAUCUCAACCCCUGACCAUCCGCGAACUCGAGGAGCGAGCUGAUGGGGAAAUUGGAAACGAGUUGGAAAGUUUGUGGCAGGCUAGAACCGGAUACUGA